GUUAUGUUGUUGCUGCUGCUGCUUCGCUUUUGCCACUGGGUCGCUGCCGCACUUGAGGAUGAUGCUGAUGUGACUGUGUGAGCUGGCUUGCCGGGAUCGCCAUCCAUCCCUCUGUUGCUGCAGUUUAGCGAGGAGGUGAGGAGUUUAUUGUGGCUGUUGUUGUUGUUGCUGUCUGUGGGGUUUCAAUGGCGAUGUUGGUGGAGUUCAAGGACACCGUGCUAGGGAUGCUGCCGGACGCGCUGGUCACUGAUGCGGUCAUCUUCGGGGUUCAUAUCCAUGGGCAUCUGCUGCUGGAAACUUUGCUUGUUGUGGUGAUUUUUUACCUGCUCUUGCAACAAAGUUAUACGCCGGAGAAUCGGGCUCUAACUGAGACUGAAAUCGAUCAACUAUGUGAGGAAUGGACCCCUGAACCGCUUCACCCAGUGAUUACAGACGACAUGGAAAUGAAAACUCCUAUUCUUGAAAGUGCAGCGGGUCCGCAUACUAUAAUUGACGGCAAGGAUGUUAUUAACAUGUCUACAGCAGAUUAUCUGGGACUGAUUGGCAACCCCAAAGUCAAGGAAGCUUGUAACGCUGCAGUAGAGAAGUAUGGUGUCGGAGCCUGUGGUCCCCGUGGGUUCUACGGCACAAUGGAUGUGCACUUGGACUUCGAGAAGAAAAUUGCCGAUUUCAUGGGCACUCCGGACUCAAUUCUCUAUUCUUAUGGAUUGGCUACCACGACAAGUGUGAUCCCUGCGUUUUGCAAAGCGGGGGAUCUCAUUUUAGCUGAUGAUGGAGUGAAUUGGAGUUUACAAAAUGGUCUAUACUUGUCAAGAAGUAAAGUCAAGUAUUUUAAGCACAAUGACAUGAAAGACCUGAAGGCUCGUUUGGAGGAAGUGAGGAAGGAAGACAAACGCAAGAAGCCCCUCAAUAGACGUUUCAUUAUAGUUGAAGCUAUCUACCAAAAUUCAGGUCAGAUGGUACCUCUAGAUGAGCUGUGCCGACUUAAAGAGGAAUACAAGUUCAGAGUACUAAUAGACGAAAGUAACUCCAUUGGCGUUCUAGGAAAGACCGGUCGUGGUAUAUCUGAACAUUUUAAUAUCUCGGUGGAGAAGCUGGACAUCAUCACAGCUGUUAUGGGUCAUGCUCUGGCAUCUGAGGGAGGCAUCUGUACAGGCAGUGCAGAGGUUGUCAGUCAUCAGCGUCUUUCAGGAUCAGGGUACUGUUUCUCGGCUGCAUUGCCUCCUUUCUUAGCCAGUGCCGGAAUUGCAGCCGUGGAAAUUUUGGAGAAUAAUCCUCAAUUGCUGUCUCGACUUCACAAAAACAUUUCACUCGUACACUCAAAUCUUUCUUCAGUACCUGGAAUCAGAAUCGGAUGCAAUAAAUUGUCUCCGAUAGUGUUCUUGCAUUUGGAAGAGUCUGCUUCCUUUGCUGAAGAUUCCUCAAUCCUGCAGCGAGUUGUCGACCUGAUGUUGGAUGAGGGGAUUCUUUUGAGCUUGACGAAGCGCUCUCUUCUGGACAAUUGCAAACUACCAGCAGCAAUCAAAGUAGUUGUUACUGCAGGGCAUUCCGAAGAGGACCUUCUAUUAGUCACCUCAAAGUUGAGGAAUGUCAUGGCUAAAGUCCUCAGGUGCUAAGAUGUAAGGCAUGUUCUCAGAACUCUAGAGACCCAUAGACACAGGUAGUCAACAAUCUAUCCUCAUUGAGAUUGUCACCUCAGCAUGUACAUUGAUAAAAGCAUGGUAGAAAAAUGUAUUAUGGCACAUAACCAAAGAACCCAGGUCCUUCUCAAUUUUAAUUAGAUUCUUUUUUAGGAUUGGCUAGGAUUCAUUGGAUCAGAUUUCAUGGCCUGAGGAGCGAGAGCACGGGAGGCUCCACUGAUGGAAACUCGAUGGGAACCACUAUUGUAUUCCUCUUUUUAAAAUAGUCCGUGUGUAAGCUAAGGACAAGUAACCUAUGUGUACCAUGAACUGUUUGCAAGCUUUAUGUUCAACA